GUGUGUGUGUGUGUGUGUGUGUAAGUGUGUGUGUGUGUAGCCUGGGAGCAGUCAACACCCUCUGCUUUCUUUAUAAGGAGCCAAACUCUACCUGCUAGGGCUCAGCACCCACAUCUACAUACAUUUAUAUAUAUAUACCCUGUAUUUAUCAACAGAAACGCCGAUAAUAGCGUUUAAAAGCGUUUUUUUUUUUUUAUUUUUACGCGUCUACGAUUUUGGUACAAUUACGCGGAAUCGCUGGGGAACUGAAUCUGAAGAUUUCAACGAUUUUUGUUGUGUGUUUUUUUUAUUUAUUUUUUUUAUUAAUAUUUUUUGAACGACCCCCCCCCCCCCUGGGCUGGAGAUGGGCUGCUUUGGAUAUUUCCUUAUCAUUUGCGGGCUGCACCAAGUCGCGGCGACUUAUCCGAUCUGGUGGUCAUUAGCUGUCGGGCAACAAUACUCCACUCUGGGGACCCAGCCCAUUCCCUGCGGGACCAUCCCGGGCCUGGUGGCCAAGCAGAUGCGCUUCUGCAGGAAUUACAUGGAGAUCAUGCCCAGCGUGGCGGAAGGGGUUAAAAUCGGCAUUCAGGAGUGCCAGCACCAGUUCCGAGGGAGGAGGUGGAACUGCACGACCGUUAACGACAACCUGGCUAUAUUUGGACCGGUGUUGGAUAAAGCCACGAGAGAGUCGGCCUUUGUUCACGCCAUCGCCUCAGCUGGAGUUGCGUUUGCCGUUACCAGAUCCUGCGCCGAGGGAUCUGCCACCAUCUGCGGCUGUGAUUCCCAUCACAAAGGACCUCCCGGGGAAGGCUGGAAGUGGGGGGGCUGCAGCGAAGAUAUGGAUUUCGGAAGCAUGGUGUCUCGAGAAUUUGCAGAUGCACGGGAGAACCGGCCCGACGCCCGCUCAGCCAUGAACAGGCACAACAAUGAAGCCGGCAGAACAUCGAUCUUAGAUCACAGACAUCUUAAAUGCAAAUGUCACGGAUUAUCCGGAAGCUGUGAAGUGAAAACCUGCUGGUGGUCCCAGCCAGACUUCAGGGUGAUCGGCGACUAUCUCAAGGAUAAAUACGACAGCGCCUCCGAAAUGGUGGUGGAGAAACAUCGAGAAUCCCGGGGAUGGGUGGAAACCCUGAGGCCCAAAUAUACGUUCUUUAAGCCGCCUACAGAGAGAGAUUUGAUUUACUAUGAGAGCUCCCCCAAUUUCUGUGAGCCCAAUCCCGAAACCGGAUCCUUCGGAACCCGCGAUCGGGUGUGCAACGUAACCUCCCAUGGAAUAGACGGCUGCGAUCUUUUAUGUUGCGGCCGAGGACACAACACAAGGACUGAGAAACGGAAAGAAAAAUGUCACUGCAUCUUCCAUUGGUGUUGCUACGUCAGCUGUCAAGAAUGUAUAAGGGUAUACGAUGUUCAUACAUGUAAAUAAGCAUCUAUUCCUAAACCGGGCUCUAGACAUGAAUCACGGGCCGGUUUGUCAAGCACCAGUAAGACUUUGACUGGUCGAAUGGCGUAGGUGUUAAAGCUUCUUGGAAAGACUCAAUGCACCUGGAGAUUUAGACCUACUCAAAUAUGAUCUUCACACACACAAUACACAGUAUAUCCAUGUUAUUUUGCAAUGGCAUGAAGUGAAACGCAAGAUAACCCCAAACUUCAGUGGUUCAGAAGAUGCAACAACAACAGAUAAUCUACAAAUAUCACAUUCCAAAUACGUAACUGAUGUUCUUGAGAUGUUCUCAGUCGAUGAGGAGUUUGUGCAAACUCAGUUGGAUAUUUAACUUUUCAUUAAGCAAAAAAAAAAAGGGAAAAAAAAACACUACUGGGCAAAAAACUCAACGAUAAAGACGACAGACGGGGGAAAAAUUCAUUUUGCUGUUUCCUUUCCCCCCCAGAUUUCACAAUGAUAUGAAAUUCACCAUUUGAAAAGGACUUUUUUUUUGUUUGUUUUGUUUUUUAAAUAUUGACACAAAAACAAAAAUCGACAUUUUGUGAAACGGCUUCCGUCGUCGUCAUAAAACCGUUCUGGGUGAUCGGCGGCCGAGCAGACUGUGUUUGGACAAUGACCCCGUUGCUUAAAUGACUGAGAUAUAAGAGUCGUGUAAUUUCAAAGGAUUCGAGUUGGAAACCGCACUUAAUGAAUUCAUCGCUCCCCGUUACGAUACAGGAUUCGACAUAGAAAUGGGUCGGAUCGCUGGGACAAGAAUAAGCCAAAUAUCCUUAGUAUAGAUGGUUUUGACAGUAUUUCCCACCAAGUUUCUCUAUUAUAUCCAUUAAAGGGAAAGAAAUCAA